GGACUACGAUUGGCUGCUUGCUCUUCAGCUACCUAAAGCUCUUCGGCAGCCCAAGGCUUCAAGUUCACUUUCUCUCACCACUGUAGAAUGGGGCCGGCGCCGCGCAUCCUGGAACUCUUCUACGACGUGCUGUCCCCGUACUCCUGGCUGGGCUUUGAGGUCCUAUGCAGAUACCAACACCUCUGGAAUAUAAAGCUGCAGUUGCGGCCCACUUUAAUCGCUGGGAUCAUGAAAGACAGCGGAAACCAACCACCUGCUAUGGUUCCCCGAAAAGGCCAGUACAUCUUCAAAGAGAUUCCUCUCCUGAAGCAGUUCUUCCAGGUUCCCCUCAACAUACCCAAGGAUUUCUUUGGUGAGACUGUGAAGAAAGGAAGUAUAAAUGCCAUGCGCUUCCUCACCACUGUAAGCAUGGAGCAACCAGAGAUGCUGGAGAAGGUGUCCAGAGAGAUAUGGAUGCGUGUAUGGUCUCGAGAUGAAGAUAUCACGGAGUAUCAGAGCAUUCUGGCUGCAGCAGUGAAGGCUGGAAUGUCCACAGCGCAAGCCCAACACUUUCUGGAGAAGAUCUCCACACAACAGGUGAAGAACAAGCUCAUUGAGAACACGGAUGCAGCCUGCAAAUAUGGGGCCUUUGGGCUACCCACCACUGUUGCCCAUGUGGAUGGUAAAACCUACAUGUUAUUUGGGUCUGACCGCUUGGAGUUGCUAGCUUACCUGCUAGGAGAGAAGUGGAUGGGCCCUGUACCCCCAACUGCGAAUGCCAGACUUUAAGACUGCCUUACAGAGUAAUCUUUGAUUUCUCCAUCUGAUGUGGCCCUGGGAGCUGGAGCAAGAGUCCACCUUUAGCUGUGCCUGCCUUUACUUCUGUGCCUCACAAGUGCCUUUUGAAAAGCCUUAAAUUCUGCAUUCCCAUAAAAUAAAGUUGAUGCCACC